AUGUUAGCAAAAUCACAUAUUAGUCAUUUGUCAAACGAAUUAAUCUAUCUCUGUUUCGAUUAUCUUUCAUUUAACGAAAUUUUGCUGAGUUUUACUAAUCUCAACUCACAUUUUACUUAUCUCACUAUCACUUGCUGGACUUCAAUACAAAUCGAUAAUGAUUUGCGACAAUCCCAGUUUGAACAUCUACUGCAUAAUUUAAAUCCAACACAAGUUCAUUCUCUUCAUUUAUCAACGAAGGACGAUGAACGUAAUUAUAUACAUCAGUUUUUAUCAUCAUUUUCAAUUGAGAAUUUUGAAAAUCUUCAAUGUUUAAAGUUAAAUGAUGUUUCACCACAAUAUUUUCGUUUACUUCUUUCGAAGCUUCAUCGACUACAUCAACUUUCAAAGCUUGUUAUUCUUGAUUAUCCCGGAGAUCCUGAAGACAAUCAAUUAAUAUUCGAACAAAUAUUUUCGAAUCGUAUUCCAACUUUGAGAUCAGUUACGUUCGAUGUUAUUCUACACUAUGAACCGACAAGAGGCCUAUCUGCCAAAGACUUUUAUAAUAUUGAUACUGUGACUGAAUUAUUCAAACUGAAUAGUUUUUCACUGUCUCAACUUCAACAUUUAGUUAUCGUAGGUGAAGUACAUGAAACAUUUCUCAAUGGACAACGAUGGGAACAGAUAAUUGAAAGUUAUUUACCAUCAGAAUACCACGUAGGUGAAUGGAUCACAAUUGAUUUCGAUCAUAUAAUUAGCUCAUUUAAAAGUAACUUUUGGCUUCAGAAACAUCAAUGGUUUGUUUAUGGUAAUACUGAUGAUGAAAUAACUAAUCUUUACACUUUACCCUACUGCGAAUCAUCUUCCUUAUAUCUUACAACAGCAUUGCCGAUCAAUGAAAAUUAUCGUGAACAAAUAACAAGUCCAAUUGUGCCUUAUAUUUAUAAACACUUGGAAAUACGUGUUCUAACAAAGCGAGAUUUUCAAACAAUCUUACAAAUUUUACGAAAUAAUUCGUAUUCAUUAUUAUUAAAAGUACGUGUAGAAGAAGAAAAAUUUGAAGAAAAUAGUCGACAAUUUAUAGCUGACUGGUUAAAAGAGCAAACACAUCUGCCAAGUGAUACUGAAGUAUCAACGGUAAAUUGUAAUGUUCUAGGUGUGGGCAAAAUGCAAUCAUGGGUAACAAUUGAAUUCGAAAGCAAUCAUGGUUUGGUAUAA